GUAUUGUGUAUAUUUAUAAUAAAUUACGUAAUAAAAUUUUUUCUAUAUUUUCUGAAAAUGGUAAUACAUAUUUUCUGAAAAUGAAAAGAAAAGCAAUAUAAAAGUGCGCUGAACAGUGGUUUAUGGAAGCUGUGAGGAAACAAGAUGAAAAUCCUACGUUUUUCUGAAAAGCCAUCUGACUCAGUAAAACAGAACUUAGCGUAUCUGGAACCAAGGGAGUGUGACACCAGAGCUGAUCAAAUCGAAAUCUUAAUAGAUUCCCACAAUGGAACUGCAAAAGGCAAAGAACAGGUUGUUGAUGUAACCUAUGAGCAGAUUGCAACACAAUGCAACGAAAUCAAAGUUUUCAGAAGGUUAUUUUGUAUGGUCAUCUGCAUAAACACAGUUAUUUUUUGUGUAUGUAUCAUAACCGUUGCAUUGCAAGUCUCAGAUUUUGAUGGAAAGUUUGAAAACUUUACUUCUAUGACAGUGACAUCGAACAAUCGAGAUGUCAGUGAUUUUCAAAAAUCUCUGAUUUCGAACGAGUCUAUGAAAAUAGUUCAAGAGCACAUUUUCUGUACGACAUGUAAAGUUUUCAGUGGAAUCCAGAGAUUGUUUGUCAGGACAGUCGACGAAGACAGAUGCUGUGUAAAAGAUGUUUUGAGUCUUAUACAACUUAUCAGAUCAACUGGUUUAAAGAGUUUGAACGAAUAUUCUUCUGAGAUAAGCAUAUUGAAGACAAGUAUUGAUGAUAUAAGAGAAGAUACAAAGGCGUUAACAGAUGCAUUGUUCAGCUCCAACAAAACAAACGAAACAGAUACAAAUAUUGGAUCCACUGCAAAAGAAAAUAUCAUGUGGUCAAUGUUAAUGAAAAAUAACCGACUGUUUAACUUAGUGCUCAACAGAAGACGAUCAGUGCUUUAUUUGAUAGGAAUAGGUAUUUGGUUAAGUAUGAUUAUACGAGAGAAAAGGCUCUUAUACGUUUCCGUUUGUAUUGUGCUUGUUGGUACAUACGUAACUAGAUAAAUGAAUUUCAGUCAU